AUGAAUCUGUAUGACCUGGUUAAAAACGAUUGCCAUGAAGAGAUAUCUCGUUUAGAACAUCCUGAGUUCAGCCGGUUCCGGGCAGUUGCAUUCAUCAGCAUGGGAAAGUUUAAAGAGGCUUUAAAAUACACAGAGGAGGGCUCCUUUGAGAGGGCCUAUGUGUUUUACAAGCUAAAAAAGUAUAAGAAGGCGCUUAGAAUUUUAAGGCACAUCGACACUGAAGGGAGUAAAGUCCUUACUUCCCAGUGCCUGUAUUACUUAGGAUACUAUAACACAGCCUACCAAAUACUUGCAGAGGUUAAGAGGGACGAUGAUAUAGUAGUAAAUCUACAGGCCAUGAAGGGGCUGGCAACACUCGCAGAUAGCAACCAGUAUGUAUUUGGAAAUAAGUUCCAACUGAGAAAAAGAGAUGAGCUCGCAGAGUUUGAAGACUUAUCAAAACAUAAUUUCAAGCACAUCGAGGGAUAUGUGGACUUCAUAUUCAACUUGGCAUUUGAAAGUCUUUCUAGCGAGGAAGAUUUUGUAGACUUCCUUUCUCAUCAACUAGAAAAACAAGAAAUGAAAGGGACAAUUGUAGAAGAACAGCUAAAGAACAUUAAGGGAGAAGAGGUUAACAUCAAUAUCCUUUUGAAGAAUCAGAAAGAAACUGUUGAAUUCAACAGUGGUGCUAUAGAUAGGUUUUCAAAUCCGUUGCAUUUCCAACAGAACUUCCCGGGGAUAGAUACAACAGGGAGUACCUCCAAAGGGAAUGUAUCUUUGUGGAUUGAGAAGGUAUACAAUAGCAACUUCAAUAUUAAGGCUGAAAAAAUUCCUCUCCUCUCUCCUAAGAUGGUACUUCUCCGGAUCCUUACCCUAUGCAAAAAUGGGUGCCUUCCCUCCCAAAAAUUGCUGGAGAAGACUAAAAAGUGGCCUGAAUCAUCUAUCAAGAACUGUCUAAGCGUCUUUGAUUCUAAAGCCAAUCUCUCUAAGGAGUUAUAUAUUAGGAUGUCAAAAGAUAUAAUGGAUUAA